AUGGAAACAGACGGAAACCACACACUACUUACCAGCUUUGUCUUGGUGGGUUUCACAACAGAUCCACUCUUGCGGAUCAUCCUCUUUGUGCUUUUCCUGGUAUCGUACACUCUAACCCUGACUGGAAACCUGGGUCUCAUGACACUGAUCUACCUAGAUUCCCGCUUGCACACACCCAUGUAUUUCUUUGUGGGCAGCCUUUCUUUCCUGGAUAUCUGGUACUCCUCAGUCUACACUCCCCGGAUCCUGUCUGACUGUGUGUCCAAGAGCAAGGCCAUCUCCCUUGCAGGCUGUGCAGCUCAGUUCUUCUUCUCAGCUGGCUUAGCCUACAGCGAAUGCUUCCUGCUAGCCGCAAUGGCCUAUGACCGCUACGUGGCCAUCUGCAACCCACUCCUCUACGCCACUGCCAUGCCCAGGAAACGCUGCAUCCAGCUGGUCAUUGGGUCUUACGUGGCUGGCUUUGCUAAUGCCGUUGUGCAUACAGGCAACACUUUCCGCCUACGCUUCUGCGGGAACAACAUUAUCAACCACUACUUUUGCGAUGCGCCACCACUUGUGAAGAUGGCCUGUAGUGAUACUCAGAUCUAUGAACUCAUCCUGUCCACAGUCAUUGGUUGCAACGUGCUGAUAACCACUGCUCUCAUCCUGGGCUCCUACAUGGGCAUCGUGGCAGCCAUCAUACGUAUCCGUUCAGCUGCAGGGCGGCGCAAGGCCUUCUCCACUUGCUCUGCCCACCUCAUCUCUGUCUCCCUCUUCUAUGGCUCCAUCCUUUUCAUGUAUUCCCGACCCAGCUCCCAGCACACUCCAAACUGGGACAAGGCAAAUGCACUUUUCUACACAGUGGUCAACCCUUUGGUCAACCCCUUGAUUUACAGCUUGCGCAACAAAGAUGUGAAGGCAGCCUUCAAGAAUGUCCUGGGGAGACUUCCGGGAAGGAUUGGUGGUUAUUUUGGGGUAGUUAACAUGCCUAAGACUAGGUCCGAGUCAGCAGCAGAAGGACACGGGGCUGCUUGGAGCAGUGAGGAGGAAGAAAGCCAGCACCUCCUGGAGCCGGGACAAGGUUUGCAAGACUUGGAAGCAGGAGGUGCAGGUGCGUUCGUCCAGCCGCUGGACUUGACACCACCUGAUGAAGAAUAG